ACAAACACAGUGCGCUGCGUUAUGCCGGCUGGUUGACGUUUGGAUGCUGUCAAAGCUUCGAGGUUUGUCUCACACUGAACAUCCAGCGUCGGGCCUUCUUUGAUGUUAGCCUUCCUGCUGGUUUCACUGCCGGGGGAAAGGCGACAGAGGAGGCCGGACUUGAAGACAUGGAGGCUAUCCGUCCUUGCAGAGGGAGUGAGCUGUAGGACGUGGUGAUUACUACAGAGUGUCUCCUCUCAUAUUAUGGACCCUGCCCACAUUGGAGGGGAUAUGUCACCUUUGUAUGUGCCACGAAAGAGAAGAUCUGUCCAGUCACAAGCGAAAGGUGGAGUGCCAUGUCCAGUUGUUCAGCGAUUGCCAGAAAGGACGUGUGAGUUAAAUUCAGCUGGAUAUCCCAAGAAUGACGAGUGUGAAGAGCAAGACGCCGUGAAGAUGAAAAGAACCUACGGGAGGAAAAGGUACGAGGAACUCCAGAGUGUUUCCAUGGGAACGGUAGAUUACCCCACCACCAGCUGCUCAAUGAUGUCAUCGGGUGGUCCGUCAAAUGGGGCGGAUCCAGGGUCCGUGGCUCCGCCCACUGCUAGGCUCUCUCCUAGAACCGCGGGGAAGGAUGUGUGGCCCGAAGGCCCCGAGGCGGGCAGGGAUCAGUCGCAGUCUCAGGACCAGAGCUGGACCUCCAGCAGGGACCGAGGCCCCGACGCCUGGGCCCCCGGGAGAGACCGAGGUCAGGACCAGGUGUGGAACUCUGGCAGGGAGCGAGCGGGACACUCCAGUCAGGACCAGACUUGGAUCCCAGGCAGGGACAGGGCCCAGUCUGGACCUGACCAGGCCUGGGUGACGGGCAGGGAUCGGGGACCUGAGCAGGGCUGGGCGGCCGGCAGAGACCGGGGUCAGGAUCAGGCCUGGAACGCAGACAGGGAUCAAGGGAGGGAGCGGGCCUCCUCGGGGCCGGAGCAGGCGUGGGGGACAGAACAAAACCAAGACCAAGACUGGAGCAGAGACAGAGGGCACGUCUGGAGACCAGACUUGAACAUGAAGAAAGUCAACAGAGGGGAGAUGGAGCGUAGCCAACCUGCCAGUAACCUCACUCAGCCACCAGAGGGCAGCAGAAACUCAUCCCAACCCAGCGAGGAUCAGAAACCGCCCGUCAUCUCCACAAAGAAGGAGCCUCCUAGCUACCCUCCAGGAAGCCAGGAGGAGCGUUGGCAGCUUCAGAUUGUGGCCAAAGGUCGAGUCACCUGUCCAAAAUGUAAAAGUGUGAGCAGGAAGACGGUGGAGGGUCUGAAGAAACACAUGGAGAACUGCAGACUGCAACCGUACAUCUGUCCACACUGUGGGAAACAGCUCAAGUCUUCAACAGGGAUGAAGUAUCACAUCAUGGCUGACCACAGCCAUCUGCCGUCAGCGGACGAUGUUAAGGACCUGGACGAUCGUGUCAUCAAAGAAAAACUUCGUAAAAUCCUGAAGAGACUCGGAAAACUAAAAUGCUCCAAAGAGGGCUGUACCGCUGCGUUCACCAGCAUCAUGGGCUACGUGUACCACAUGAAGAAGUGUGGAAAGGAGGAGUCUGAGCUGGAGAAAAUGCUGCUGAACUGUUCUCACUGCGGGAAGACAUACAAAUCGAAGGCCGGUCUGGAGUACCACCUGAAAUCAGAGCAUGCUCCAACGCCCCUGAAGACCGAGGACGACGAGGCUCUGAAGGCCCAGAAGGAGGCCAACCCGGAGAGGACGGCGAGCGGCAGGGUGCAGCGAGCGUCGGCUCAGGUGGCAAACUUCCACCUGGCGGAGAUCGCCAACAACGAUCUGCCCAAAGACUGGCCCAAGAGGAAGUUCCAGUCGGACCUGGUGCCAGAUGACAAAAAGUUGAAAUAUUCCCGACCCGGCCUGCCCGCCUUCAGCCAGGAGGUGCUUAGAAAGUGGAAGAACGAGGUGAAGCUGCAGAGAAAAGUCCACUGUCCCAACCAGGGUUGUGACUGCACCUACACGAGUGUGUCUGGACUGAAAGCUCAUCUGGGACUCUGCACAAGGGGCGACUUUGAGGCUGGUAAAUACAGAUGUCUGAUCUGCAACAAAGAGUUUAACUCUGAGAGUGGAGUCAAAUACCACAUCAACUCUGUCCAUUCACAGGACUGGUUUGUGACCAACAAAAAAGCCUCCAAGAAGUUUGAAAAGUUCCUCAAAAGUCAACCCAAGGAGUUCGCCCACAGCGUGGACAAGCAGAACAUGGAUCAGUACCACCACAACCACCACCUUCAGCAUCAUCAUCAGCAGCUUCACCAUCCUCACCAUCAGCAUCAGCAUCAUCAUCAUCAUCAUCUUCAUCACCAUCACCAGCAGCAGCAGCAGCAGCAGCAUCAGAUCCAGCACCAACACCUGCAGCACCCUCUGCAGCCUCUGCAUCACCUGCAGCACCAGAGCCAGUUCCUGCAUCCGGAGCACCAGAGCCUCCCUCAGCAGGUGGACCCCCAGCAGCUCCAUCAGCACAUACUCCAAUACACCCCUUUGGAGCCUGCGCCCGGGCCCAUGUGGGUGGACAUGGACCGCAGGGAGGACGAGCCGGUGUCGGAGCAGGCGCCCAUCGAGACGGACCUGGACAUCAAACCCGUCGAGCUGAACAGCGUCAUCAUGGUGGAGGAGAAGAGGAGGGAGAGGGCGAGAGAAGGAAGGUCGACGGGAAGCAGAAGGAGUGCUUUGCCUUCGGCGGCGGCAACACCUGCAGCUCAUGCAGCGAGGCGGAGGCGGAGCAGCAGCAGCAGCAGAGCAGGCAGCAGAGACAGAUCGACCAGUGGAAUCUGA